CACCCACCCUGACUGCUCUUUCAUUCGUGUUGGAAAGUUGACUGCCAAUUUGUAACUGGAGAACACUCGAGUUCUGGUAGGCAAGAAGGACGGGACAGCACCGCACAUUGACACACCCUAAAGUUACCGAUUUAUUUUGACAAAAUAGCCAUAUCGAUCCAGCAUCGGAUAAUUCAGGAAAACUGUUUUUUCCUAUUCAGCAGACAUGAAAUCUUGCUUAUGGAUUGCCUUGCUUGUAACUCUGGCUAUAGGGACGAAAACACAAGACUUUGAUCUUUCUGAUGCCCUUGGUUUAGAUGACCCUAUACCAACUACUAUUCCAAAACAGCCAAAGCAACCUGCAAAGGAUCCCAGUCCAGGCGGUGGAUUUGAUCUAUUAGAUGCUCUUGGUCCAGAAGAGCCUGAGAAACCAGCUGGGAUCCCUCCUAAAGAAGGUGGAACUGAUCCCAAACCUGCCCCUCCUCCCGCACCUGUAGAUCCCAAAAAACCAGCUGGAGAUGGGAUGGGUUUUGACCUGUCUGAUGCCUUGGGUCCAGAUCCCGUACCGGAUAAACCAGCUGUUGUUCCACCUAAAGACGGAGGCACCGGUGGCGGAUCCUUAGGAGACAAUGACCUGUUUGAUGUGAGCAAUGACGGUGGCUACAAGCCUGAUCCCGGCAAGGGAGGUGGAGGAGGAGCACGUGCCGCUGACCCAGCCUCAGAUCCCAAUGGAGGAGGUGGUGCUCCAGCAGAUCAACCUCAAGAUCUAGACCUACUGUGGGGCCAAUUCCUGAAGAUGCUAGAUGCUAACAUGCCAGAGGGCGUCCUUGUUUGGAUAUCCAACAUAAAGCAAGCAGUGGUGCCUCUGUUAGAGAAGGCCAUGGAGCUUUUGGAUGUGGGCCAAUGAAUGAGCCCCCAGUGACUUUCGGGAAUCAGGAAGUCAUCUAUCCACCUAUGUUCUGAUUGGUGCUCAGAUCUGAGGGAGUGUUCUGAUUAGUUGUUUACAUGGUGUUAGUUUGAGGUGCUUUAAAACACCUCUUAGGGCUGAUCUUACAAAGAAAUGGUUGGUACACUUAGAAAAAAAUGGUUCCAAAAGGGUUAUUCGGCUGUCCUUAUAGGAUAACCCUUUUGGGUUCCAUGUAGAACUCUCUGUGGAAAGGGUUCUACAUGGAGCCAAAAGGGUUCUACCUUGAACCAAAUGGGGUUCUCCUAUAGGACAGCCGAAUAACUCUUUUAGGUUCUAGAGAGCACCUUUUUUUCUGAAUGUAGGCUCCAGUUUUCACUGGGUUAGAGUUAGGGUUAGUACAAAGUUCAGAGGUUUUAUCCCUUAAGGAGUGGGUGUGUUCUCAUCCCCUCUUUGACACACCCACUCUUUUCUUUACUUUCUGAAGUCACAGUUUCUGAAUCAUUCCUGUGUGUUGAGCUUAUGGGAUUCUGUUUUGUAAAAUGUUACAGCUAUAAGCCUAAAGAUAGUGGUUACUGAUAGUGGUUAUUUUUUUUACUGCAUUGUUGGUUAAGGGCUUGUAAGUAAGCAUUUCACGGUAAGGUCUACACCUGUUGUAUUCGGCGCAUGUGACAAAUAACAUUUGAUUUGAUUUGAUAUUAUCAAAGUUAUUUUAUUGUCCCCCCCUUUUUUGGGCUGCAUAUUUGGCCACUUGCCAUUGGCAACCACAUUUUCCACUGUUAGUAUGGUUCUUGAGGCAUUCUUAUGCAUUGCAUGUAGUUGUUUCAUAUGUGUGUUCCUUCUUGUGUGAUAGUCUUUCCAGAUGACAUGGCAAUUAAUGCAAAAAUAAUGAAGAUAUAAAAAGGCUAGAGAAGCCCUCGAUGUUUACAAUUUUUGACAAUUAUGGGUCAUAGUCCAGAUGUGAAACAGAUGUCUGACACUCAUGGAAGGUCUUUGUUUGACAUUUUUCCUUGUGUCGCAUCCUAUCAUAACAUGCCCAUCAUUACUGUUACUCUAAGCCUGUUACUUACUAAGGCUUUUUGCAGCCCAGUCCUAACAGCCCCUCACAGAGGCCUAGUCAGCACACAUUCCUAUCAUAGCCAAAAUUCACAACACUCGGUUGAAAGAUCCAACACGUUUUGUACUAAUGUGUUCUAGAACAACCUGACAUGCGGUUCUCUCAUAUUCCAUUAGUUACUAAGUGAAUUAAUUAUUCUGAAACACUGAAGGAUAUAUUUGCUAAGCCAGUAGGUUAUACACAUAAAAAAUUAAAAUGUUGUGUAUUUACAAAUUAUUUAUGUAUCGUGGUGAAUGUUGCUGUAAGGUUGGAGGUUGUCUUUUUCAUUGGGGUACGUUUCUUUGGCCACUUGCAUUCAAAUGCAAUAUCUUGUUUCCAUUACAACAUGUCUUACCAUGUUAGAAGUGUGCGGCUACCUCUUUUUCUUACGAUGUAUGUGUUACAACAGAGAGGUUAGUUAUCAACACAUUGCUAUUGUCGUCUCUUUGUCUGUUGUAUUCCUUGAGAUGUUAAUAAAACCUGUGGAACGGUG